UAAAGCCUUGAAGAAGAAGAGGAAGCUACAACUCUUCGCUUUCGUCUUUCGGUCUUAAAACUGUUUAAAUCGCAAUGUUUGUAAGGAAAAACUAUUUUGGUAACUGACAAGUAGUCAGUGGAUUACCUUAACAUGCAGAUUACACUAGACAACGUUUGAAUAAAUUGAUGUUUACGCUAAGCAAAAGCUAGCUGGCUAACAUUAGCUAAUGACCUGCAAGCCACACAACUGAAAGGAAAACAUAAUGACAAGCCUGGGAAGCAGUUCUGAAUGAUAUACUUCGUUGAUACGAUUGAAGGGGACUCCUUUAUUCUUCACAGAGGCACCAUGAUACCCUGCAACUAGUGAUCUCAAUAUGGAGUUGUACUGGUACAUAGUGGUCAUCGUGUUCAUCAUCAUCAAGAUCUUCUUCUACGUGUGCUGGUACCGCUCGCGUCAGAGACAGCUGGCCGCGUACCUCAGCAACCCUCGUAAUGCCCAGAUAGUCAUCGUGGGUGGGAGGGCCUAUCUGCAUCAGAUGUGUGAGAGACCGAAUACAUCUAUCUGGCCCAGUUGGUAUGGGGUUCAGGAUGAGGAGUCAGUGGGCGAGCCUUCCACCUCUCUCCCCCCGGCAGCAUCCUUCUCUCACAUGGACAUGCCUCCACCAUAUGAAGCCGUCUCCGGAGCUGAUGACCUAAAACCUCCUCCAUACAGCGAGGUUGCCCAGAGUGACGCAAUGGACAUUUCUCGCCCAUCCUGCCACGCCCUUCUCCCCUUCCUCCCUCCUCCUCUCUCUGAGGGUGGAGACUCUGCCAGCAUCAUCAGCGAAGCCCCGCCACCAUACACCCCAACCCCCAGCCCCAACCGGCAGGAGGGCUCUGUCAACCCCAGCCAAUCACACUCGGAGGACCGACCCAGCUAGACCAAUCACAAACCCUGAUGCCGACCGACUCUUUACCGCCUUUCCAAGUGCUGUCCUCCUCCCUGCCUUCUCACCUCAGCGAUCCCUGCCAGCUAUGCUCACUCACUAAACCGACUUUGUUUUGGUUUUCUAGGUUUUAAAACAGUUUUCUAUUUUCUACUGUUUGAAAGUGAUUUAUUGUGAUGAGGAAUAUGAUAAAUAAUAAGAGAUAAUGUGGUGGAGUUGAUGGGCGUUUGACUGCUGGACAACUCUUCCCUCUGGAACACCCCUCUGCCUCAUUGGAAGAAGAGGGAGAGGGAUGGAGGGAGAGAUAUACACAACAGCCAACAGUGGAGAGGAUAAAGGCUACUAUAAUGUCCAAUAUCCAAUGAGUCCAAUGAUGGCCUUUAGUGCUGCGUCCAGACAUCCAGUCCAGUGUCCCCAUCAGAGUUCUAUACUAAGCACCUUCUCAGAACUGAUUUUAAAGAUACUUUGUUCUACAGGCCUUUAAUCUGUAACAUCCAACAGCAUUUGCCUUAGAGAUUGAGAGCGAGAGAUCGAUGCAUUUCCAAGAAAUCUACCGGAUGAAAGAAAACCAUGUUGGAAAUAAUGUAGUGGUUGAUCGUGAUGAUUAUUGUACAAUCACAGACUAAUAAUGAUCGCUAACAUCUUCAGUCCAUCGUAGCUUCAUCCUUUGUUCUCUCUGUCAGUGGCUUGGUUAUGCCAUUUAGUCUAUUCUUAUGUCAUAAAUGUGUAAGUCGCUCUGGAUAAGAGCCUCUGCCAAAUGAUGUAAAUGUAAAAUACAUGUUUUUUUCCUGAACAAAAACUCUGGACCUUAAAGUUAACUAGGAUCCACAGUGUUUUUCUAGUCAAGGAAAACUCCUAUCCCUAGUCAUAUCCAUUCAUUGAAGAUUGCUGCCGUGUCAAUGCAUUUACUGUAACCCCAUUGUAACAUGUAGGCAGACUAUGGCUAUGUCCCAAUUAGUGAGCUCCAAAAGUAUUGGGACAGUGUCACAUUUUUGUUGUUUUGGCUCUGUACUCCAGGACUUUGGAUUUGAA